GAAUUCCCCACGCAACAGCUAUAUGUGAAGACAGCUUCACGUCCAGCAUCAGUGAUACCAUGCGGAAGGAUGAGGAGACAUGGGAGAAGUCAGACGAUGGAGAAAGUGAAGAAGAGCCUGAGGAGUUGGAGUGGGAGAGUAGCGAGGCUCAGGUGGCAGAAAAAAAGUUUAUCGUGUCCGAGUCAUGUUUGGACUUGCUAUUGAGUAAGUGUGCUACAUGCAACCAGUCAGUAUCGGUGCAUAAAAAGGUGAAAGGUUGCCUGCUUGUAGCCACAAAGACUUGUACUCACUGCCAUGAGACCGAGUCAUGGAGAAGCCAGUCUUCAGUUGGUGGGCUGGCUGAAGUUCAUUUGGAACUUUCAGCAGCCAAAAUAUUCGCAGGAAGUGCCAACGCCAAGUUCCUACGUGCCCUUAAGUUUGCUGGUGUUGUCUGUUUUAAUGAAACCACAUUUUACAAUUUGCAAAAACUGUAUUUGACACCAACUAUAACAAUUGUCUGGAGGAUGCACCAGUCGGCCCUAAUUGAAGGGCUUAAAGCAAAAGGGUCUCCACUUGUCCUUGGAGGUGAUGGAAGAUGCUGCUCUCCAGGACAUACUGCUAAGUAUGGAACAUACAGUAUGAUGGACUUGGAAUCAGGCAAGAUUCUGGACAUCCAACUUGUGCAGCGCAAUGAAGUGAAGAACUCCCAUGCAAUGGAGCUGGAGGGACUGCAGAGGCCAUUGCAUUUCCUUCAAGAGGAGUGCAGUCUCCAGAUUUCUCACCUGGUGACAGACAGACACAGCUCUGUGAAGAAAUACAUGCGGGAAAAACAGCCAGAUAUUGUCCAUUGGUUUGAUGUCUGGCAUGUUGCAAAAGGAAUAAACAAGAAGCUAGAGGCUGCAGGAAAGAAGAAGGGGUGUGAGAAAGUAAAGGCGUGGUCCAGAUCAGUGAGUAACCACCUGUAUUGGUGUGUUGCCAGUAGCAAUGGUGAUGGCAAAUUGGUCAAACAGAAAUGGUUGUCAAUGCUCAACCAUGUUGCCAACAUACAUGAGGGCCAUGGAGACAAGUUUCCGAGAUGUGAGCAUGGAGACCUUGAAAAUCGCCUAUGGAUGGUAAAAGGGUUCAAGCCUCAUGAAGAACUGGCGAAGGUUGUGGAGAACAAGCUUCUGCUGACAGACAUCAAAAAACUGUCACCAGCUCAACAGACUUCGUCAUGAGAAGCCUUCCAUUAAGUGAUAUGCAGCUGGGUUCCAAAGUCGGUCCACUACAUGCAUACCUACAUGGAUUCAAGAGGACUUUUAGGUGCACUCCACUUCAAUGAAAAUACAAACCGAGAAGUGCGAAAGACAAGAAGUGGGCUGGAGCAGUUUAGUGUGUCCUACCCAAGAGGGAGAAAAGGGGAGCAAGUGGUGAAGGAAGUGAAGACGGAACAAACCUUUGGGUAUGUUACAGAACUGAUGAGGAUGGCAAAAGAGCUGCGCCAACAGUGUACCUCUUUCAAAAUUGCGGAAAGUUUGAAGGAUUUAAGGUCAAGACCUGUACCUUUAGCACAGAGUACACCGAAGAGAAAUGUUUCAAAACAAGACCUGGUGAAGCUGCAUAUUACUAGGUUCAAUAAUUAAUUGUACCCCCACAAACAAAGUCUGUCUGUCUAAGUGUCUGCUCUCAAAUACAGUUGUUUUCAUCUGAUCUUAACCAAACUUGGUCAGAUGUUGUACUGGUUUUUGUACCAAGGAAACUGUUGUACAUAUUUUCUUGUUAUUUUCUCGUUUUAUGGAUGUUUUUCUGUGUCAAGUACUGGUUCUACCCAGGAACGUGACUUUAUUAUGUUGUAAAUAUGUUGUUAACCUUUUGAAGGUACUGGUACUAUUGGUUCUAAAAACCCUACCCAGGAAUCUUGAUUAUGUUCUCGUUGUUUUGAUGUAUUUCUGUGUCAAGUACUGGUUCUACCCAGGAACAUGACUUUAUUAUCUUGUAAAAAUGUUGUUAAUUCUUUGAAAGUACUGGUACUACUGGUUCUAAUAACGCUACCCAGGAAAAAUUACUUGAUGUAUUGUUAUAUAUAAUCAAUAUCUAUGCAUG